AUGUCAAUAUUGGCUAAACUACGCUGUGUCACUAUAGAUGUUACUGGUACCCUAAUGGCUUACAAAGGGGAGCUUGGUGACUAUUAUUGCAUGGCAGCCAAAGCAGUUGGCCUUCCAUGCCCAGACUACAAGCGUAUGGAUGAGGGCUUUAAGCUGGCAUACAAGGACAUGGCAAGGAAGUAUCCAUGUUUUGGGUAUGCUGCCAAAAUGCCAAACAUUGUGUGGUGGAAAACUUGUGUGCGAGAUUCUUUUGUCAGGGCUGGAUAUGAGUAUGAUGAGGAGACAUUUGAGAAUACAACGAGCCCAAAAAACACAGUAAGCAAAUUCUGCCGUGUCUCAAGAGCAAUCAACUAUGAAGCUAAAUGGUAUAUAUGA